CUAAAUAUCAUGUGAGGUUAAAAAAGGAAAUUUAUUCAAAUAAAUUUUUCGUCAAUCGAAACAACCGUUAAUUUAGACUUUUUUUGUUGACAAGUGAAGGAUUAUAUAAUAAAUAUAUUACACAAACAUACGUUAGUAUACGGUUAUUAAUUACUUAAUGAAUACAUGUAAAUACUUCCUGUAUUGUUGUACGAAUAACGAAAGUUCACUGACAUUAUUUAACUUAUACGGCGAGUUCGUGUGAAGAACAUUUCAACAACCAUAUUAAACUGUGUUUACUAAAUUAAACGUCGAAAUCGUUUGUUUUCAAUGGAAUGUGUUAACUGGAAUUUCCAGAGACAAUUACUAUUACUAAACCGUAUUUGUUUGCUAUAAAAAAGAAAGUUUGUUGGAAAUACCAGUUCGUGCUUGGUCAAGACACGACGAAACAUAGUACGAUGGAAAUACCAGUUCUCGCUUGGCCAAGACACGACUAAACAUAGUACGACUUUGAUGAAUUAACAAAGAUAUUUCACUAAUGUUAACCAUGUCAAACAUGACGUAGAUUUUUGUUGAAAAAAACAUAAAAUAUUGUGUGUCAAUAGCUUAGUUAGUUACACAAGUGAGUAUCAGUUGGUAAUGAACAUGGCAGACAGACACACGGAUUUAGAUUCAAAUGUUGAACCAGACGAAUGCCCUUCAAAGAUUGACUUGUGUCGCACCUUGCCGGCUUCACAACUGUAUUCAAAAGUUGGCGUUGCUGUUAGUGAUGAAUGCGGGGAACAUUUAUACAAACAAGCAACACUCGCGGAAAUCGGAAGUUGCCAAGAUAAAGAACUAAACCAACCGAACCAACACACAAAUGGCGUUGCCGUUAGGGAUGAACGCGGGAAACAUAUGCACGAGCAAUUUCAACUUGUUGAAGUAGAAAGUUGCAAAGAUAAAGAACCACACGGCCAGAAAGAGAAUGUUCAAGAAACAAAAGAAAUCGCACAGAGAUUAAGUGAUAUCUGCUUACAUGAACAAGCAAUUGAACACGGCACCGAGACACUCAAUGCUGAACGCACUGGUGAUAUAGAGAAACAUAUCAUUGAUGAUUUUACCUAUACAUGCAUCGAUGCAGAAGGUGAUACGCCGCUGCAUUUGGCAAUAAUAUGUUUAUUUACAAUAGAACAAAUAUAUUGCAUAAUAAACACGAUUCUGAAAAGAUUCCCUGAUCAUGAUGUAUUGAAUCAUCAAAACGACAAGUACAGACAGACGCCCCUACAUCUGGCCGUGCAUACAGGACGGACUGAUAUCGUGCGUUGUCUAUUAGGGUUGGGAGCGCAGACGACACUUCAAGACAGUCAACUACGCACACCUGCACACAUUGCAUGUUUGAAAGGCGACAGAGCGAGUCUUAACGCUCUUCUUGAAGCAGAUGAUAAUGAACCAACGCGUUGUGUAAGUUUUUACGACAACCAAGGCCAAACGUGUCUUCAUACUGCUGUUCUGAACCGUAAAUGUGAGCUAGUGCAUAUUCUUUUAGACCACGGGGCAGACAUUAACGCUCCUGAAAGGAGGAGUGGCCGAACCGUUCUACACUUUGCUGCAGAGGCCGGGGAUAUUCGAAUGGUUAGUUUGCUUUUGGCAAACGAAGGGCUCGAACUGGAUGCGCUUACCUUUUCAGGUUAUACUGCGUUACAGCUGGCAAUCGGGAGGCCAAAAUCAAUGUCAGAGGUCAUCGCACUUUUGAGGCCUUUUUACCCAGCCGACGAAAAUCUUACCAUGCUAGAUGCAGACGAUUAAAAGAGGAUGACAAUCAGAGAUUAUGGGCAUGCUGUGUAACGUUAUCAGAUAUUGAGACAAAUGGCUGGCUACUGUGGUUCUAGACGCUAAUGAGAUUAAGCAUCAGAUCAGCAUGAUGUACCGUAAUAAUGUGGUAUAACGUGCGUAGUUAUCUUGCAAGUUGACAUAUGGCACAAGUGUUCAAACUCAUGUGCCAUAUAUACUUGUUUUUAUUAAUGUGUGUUGUGAUAGGUUAAACAUUUAAGUUGGCAAUCAAUGGUGCUUGUUCGAUUCAACUGUUAUUAAAUGAACGAUGGGUAGAUUGAUCUCAGAGUAUGUAUUGCCGAACAAUAUACUUAAGAAAUGACGGUAAAUGGUUACACAAUAUAUUUAUCCCAGGGUUAGCAGGUACAUUGCAAUUGUUUUUGCAACCGAAUUGGUUUGUUUUUGUUUAUUCAUAAAUUGUUUCCACUCGGAACUCAGUGUGCAGUUUGUUGUGAAUAGCAAACGAGCAUGUAAACAUUUCAGACUGUUAUUUAAAGUGAAAUUUUAGGAUAUUAAACUACUAGCAAAACUAUGUACAAAAGGCAAAUAUUGUGUUUAAAAAUAAAUUAAGUAAAGUCUUUUAAAAUAAACUGCUCCAAUUGUUUGAUAUCUAAAGUUAUACAGAUCCCUUUCAUUAUUUUGUCUUUCCAAGUUAAAUUCAAUUGGGAAAUAUUAAAGGAAAUAUCACAAUGGCAAACACUUUUUAUAAGAAUUAUUGUAUUACGACGAACUAAAUGUUUGAAAGAAAGGACUGCUCAAGACUGGAUGGAUGGGCUUAAUGAAAUAUUGUGUGUGUAUUAUGGUUUUUGGAACAUUGUAUAUGUGACGACAUCUUUCAAAUGUUUUAACAUGGUUAGCACAGGGCUUCACCAAUGCUGGAGUGCUAUGAUUUUAACCCUUUGCAUGCUGGGAAAUUUGUCGCCUGCAAAAAUGUCGUCUGCUGAAUUUCUAAAAUUAGCAUUUUCUUCGAUUUUUUUCAAAGAAUACUAUCAGAAUAGCAAACAGUUUGGAUCCAGAUGAGACGCCACGUUCUGUGGCGUCUCAUCUGGAUCCAAACUGUUUGCAAAGGCAUUCAAAAUUCGGUUCCAGCACUGUAAGGGUUCAACUAAACCAUGCAUGAUAAUAGAGUUUCAACUGCGGUCUGCGUAUACUCUAUUUAAGCAAUCUACUUUAAAAUAGAUAUAUGUAUUCGUUUACGUUCGGUACAUGGGUUUAAACUUAACGGGACGUAUAACAUCAAUCAGUUAUUUAUGAUAGAUUAUUUUGUUUUCAAUAAAAAGACGCUCAUUAAAUCACAUCACAACAUGAACAAAUACUCUUGUUAAACAAUCGAAACUUAUAACAUAUUUUCCUAAUGGACAAUAUUAAUGGACAUGUAGCAUGUAUAGAUAGAACGGUAGUAAGUUACAGUGAUAAUGUUGUUUUGUUUUACAAUACUUACAGCAUGAAUUUUAAAAUUCCAUAACAGUUUUAAAUUUAUUUUAUAUGUAUGACUUGAAUAGUAUUUUUUUCUUCUUUUUUUAACUUGAAUUUAACAUCAAACUCUUCUAAAAGUUGAAAUAAGUGCGCAAAGGUCUUUCUUAAAUUGUUUAUUACAUUGUACUUGUUUAAUUGUUUUCUAAAGCUUAUACAAACAACCAUGUAAAUCAAUCCUGUGCAGUGUUUUUUUUGGAUGAAAAAUUUGGCGUUAUUCGGCCCCAUUCUCCCAUCUCUAGAGUAUAUAUUUCCCCCCCAAAUAUUUGAAAAAUUCCCCUCUCGUAAGUGUAAUUCAAUUUUAAUCAAUACCACAUUAAGAUAAUUCACAGAAAAGCCAAGAAAGUUGAUGUUGAACAUGAACAAAACAUGAAAAAGAGUUGGAAUAAUGUUUUUCUCUCUAUGUAUGGUGAAUUAUAGUGUUAAAACUUGAUUUAAGUUGUACUGUUACUUGUAAUGCAUUGAGAUUUCCCUCUUUUCCCCCUUUUUGGCUUUUAAGCUCGAAUUCCCCCCCCCCUCAGGGGACCCGACCCCUUUCCACCAAAACUGAAAAAACACUGUUGUGCACACUAAAAACAAACUGUAUCUGUACAAACGUGCAUUAUUAUCGUUGAUAAUAUUAUUUAUAUGUACGUGUAAACGAUUUUGAUGUUAAGUAUGUGCAAGUUGCAUGAAUAUUUAAUGUAUUUUAUGUGCAAGGUGCAUAUAUAUUUGUUUUAAUUUAUGUGCACGUGCAUACAUAUUUGUUUUUAUUUAUGUGCACGUGCAUACAUAUUUAAUGUUAUUUAUGUGGACAUUGCAUACAUAUUUAAUGUUAUUUAUGUGGACGUUGCAUACAUAUUUGAUGUUGUUUAUGUAGACGUUGCAUACAUGUUUGAUGUUAUUUAUGUGCACGUUGCAUACAUAUUUGAUGUUAUUUAUGUGAACGUUUCAUACAUAUUUGAUGUUAUUUAUGUGCAAGUUGUAUACAUAUUUAAUGUUAUUUAUGUGGACGUUGCAUACAUAUUUGAUGUUAUUUAUGUGCACGUUGUAUACAUAUUUGAUGUAAUUUAUGUGCACGUUGCAUACAUAUUUGAUGUCAUUUAUAUGCACGUUGCAUACAUAUUUGAUGUUAUUUAUGUGCACGUUGCACACAUAUUGGGUUACAGCAUGCCUGCGAUUUUAGAACAUAUGAAAACAAACAUAUUGUAUGUGAGAAUUCAUUUACAGUUUGAUUUAAAAUUUUAAUGUUAACAUGUACGUAAUAUUUUAAUUGAUUAAUCUUGAUUGAUAUCUUUAUUAUUUAUUGUAUUUGAUGAGGUACAUUUUUCUUUUUGUAUUAUAAUUUCGUGCGUUAUUUCUACAGUCCAGAAACGAAUAUUUUAUGCAGUUUUCAUGAUUUAGGAAUACGACAGCAAUACAUAUAUCUCUAGAGAAAGAUUACAGAAGAAAUAUAUUGUUUAGAUAUUUAUAUUUAUGUUUUGUAAAUACUCUCCUUCAGGUGUUACAAUUCGUCGGCAACAAGUUAUCAUUAUUAUAAAACUUACGGUAAUCGCCCGUCCGUCCAUCCGUCAGCACUACUAAAAUAACUCAAAAAUACGUUAACUGCAGUCAUUUGACUUGUUUAAUGAAAUGCCAGUUAUUGCAUGAUUUUGCAUAAUCUUUAAUUUAUUUAGACAGCAUGUUAUUGCAAAAGUUGUUUUACAUCAAAAGUAAAACGUCUGAAGACAGUUCAAAUGAAAAGUCUUGAGUCUUAAUACUGAGGAUUUAAUGGAUAUGGGUUUACUAUGAAGCGAUACACAUUCCUCGAUUCAGUGCAACAUUGCCAAAGCCUUGUUUACGAAAUUCAUAUCGCGAUACAACUUUGUAAAAUCGAUCGAAGACAAGUUUAACCGAAACUUACGAAAAUGAGUAAUAUGUAACUGAUUCGUACAUGUAUACAGUAGUGUAAAUAGGCGUGGUGGACCGAUUUCACGGUAUGAGAUACCAGGUUUCCUUGGAUACCGAUGCAAUGGAUAUUUACUUAGGAAUUUAAGAAAUUCUUACGUUACGUAAUCUAUUAUUAUUGUCAUGUAAUAAUAUUACUUUUUAUACGUUUAAGUUAGUUUAAUGUAUUAUCGCGUGCUCACUAUUUAACCCAUUUAUGCCUAGCGUCUAGAAAAAAAGCCUUGGCAAACAGCGUAGACCCAGAUGAGACGCCGCAGCUCAGGGUAUUCGCUGUAUGAUUAAAGGAAUUUCUGUAAGAAACAUUCUAAAUAUAAAAACAUAUACAAUACAUCCCUAACUUUGGAAAUAAAUUGAUCUAAUUUAGAAAGAUGGGAGAGUCCACUAGGCAUAAAUGGGUUAAUAACACAAGGACCAUAUGACGCAUUGUGGCGCAUGAGACACAUGUUUAAAAUAAUGUUUUGAUUUUAGUAUUCCAACAUUUUAUGUUAGCACUUUUUUUCUGAUUUAUUUAAUGACUUUAUGAUAAUUCAAUAUCAAAUAAGAACAUUUUAUCGAAAACAGAUAGGACAGUUUAAUCAUUGAUUUGUAAACAUGGAAGCAGUCAACACUUAGUUGUCAGCAAUAUAUGCAAUCUUUUAAAAGUUAUGUAUUUGAAGAUAUAUAUUUUAAAUUUAAUUGGGCAUUUCUUUGAAAUUAUAACCAACAUUGUGCCAUAAAAUGUGUACGUUGGCAUAGUAUUCAGUCUAUUCAAUGUGUUUGUUUAUGUCAGUAUACCACUUAAUCUCAAAAUGGAUCUAUUGAGGUUAAUAUACUCCUUCUUUAUCAAAGAUCUUAAGAAAAAUCUAAGUUGGGACUGAAGCUUUUGUCUGAAAGUGGCAUAAAUACGGCACUAUUAUUUCAUUAAAAAAAUAUAAUAUGUUAAUUAUGCUUUAUUGAACGUCUCCUUAAAGGGGCCUUUUCACAGAUUUUGGCAUGUUUUGAAGUUUGUCAUUAAAUGCUUUAUAUUGAUAAAUGUAAACAUUAAAUUUUAAAAGCUCCAGUAAAAAAAACAAAAAUAAAAUUUAAAAAAGGAAAAAAAGUAGCCCGCAGCAGGGCUCGAACCAGUGACCCCCGGAAUCCUGAAGUAAAAAUGCAUUAGCCAACUGAGCUAUCCUGCCAAGCAUACGUAACAUGCGUAUUUUUAACGUUAUAUAAGCAAUCUUCGUAGUUUCACAAAUUUAAACGACAACAACAGAACUCUCCAAAUUAUUCAAUCGUUUCGCGUUGCAACGCUUUAUAAUUUUUAGGUUUUUAAAUCGUCAAAAGAUGCAUAUAAUGGCUAUAUUAGACCAUGGCAAAUGUUCAGUAAUACUGUUUCCUCACAAAUAUCAUAACUAAACCGAAAAUUUGCGAAUUUGAAACAAUUUUUUUUCAAUUUUGUCAAUUUACCAAACCGUGAAAAGAUCCCUUUAACGCAUGUUUCGUUUUUAUGAGCUCUCACUUAACUAUUUGUUUUAUAAUUAAAACAAGAAAUAUCUUUAAAAAGAUAUACGGCAUUGAUGUUGUAAUGUUUGCGACCAGUGAAAGGAGAUGGAAUGAAGCGACCAUGUUAUUUAAUGAAGGUAGUGAGUGAUAAUAAGAUAAUAUAGUUUAAUGUAUUAACAAAUAAAAAUGAAGAACAAGAA